AUCCUUCCCCAGCAAUUACUGGGACAAGUUCAUCAAGAGGAAGGUGAUGGAGAAGUACGGGGACAUCUACGGGCGGGAGAGGAUCGCCGAGCUGCUGGGGAUGGACCUGGCCAGCCUGGAAAUGGGGGCGCAGGGCGAGCGCAGGGCCCCCCCCGACAGCUCCCUGCUCACCUGGAUCACAUCCAUCGACAUCCGCUACCAGAUCUGGAAAUUCGGGGUGAUUUUCACCGAUAACUCCUUCCUGUACCUCACCUGGUACAUGGCCAUGUCCCUGCUGGGCCACUACAACAACUUCUUCUUCGCCUCGCACCUGCUGGACAUCGCCAUGGGCGUCAAGACGCUGCGCACCAUCCUCUCCUCCGUCACCCACAACGGCAAGCAGCUGGUGAUGACGGUGGGGCUGCUGGCCGUGGUGGUCUACCUGUACACCGUGGUGGCCUUCAACUUCUUCCGCAAGUUCUACAACAAGAGCGAGGAUGAGGAUGAGCCCGACAUGAAGUGUGACGACAUGAUGACGUGUUACCUGUUCCACAUGUACGUGGGGGUCCGGGCCGGGGGCGGCAUCGGGGAUGAGAUCGAGGACCCUGCGGGGGACGACUACGAGCUGUACCGGGUGGUCUUCGACAUCACCUUCUUCUUCUUCGUCAUCGUCAUCCUCCUGGCCAUCAUCCAGGGUCUGAUCAUCGACGCCUUUGGGGAGCUGCGGGACCAGCAGGAGCAGGUGAAGGAGGACAUGGAGACGAAAUGUUUCAUCUGUGGCAUCGGGAGCGAUUAUUUCGACACGACGCCCCACGGCUUCGAGACCCACACGCUGGAGGAGCACAACCUGGCCAACUACAUGUUUUUCCUGAUGUAUUUGAUCAACAAGGACGAGACGGAGCACACGGGGCAGGUGGGGACAAAGGAGGUCCUGGUGGGGGGGGUCUGGGGGGUCCCAGGGUGGUCUGGGGGAAAAGGGCACGAAUCAUGA